AUGUCAGGAGAAGGCCAUCGGAGAAAAAGAGGCUCGCAGAAAUUGUGGAUGAACUUCAAUCAAUUGAAGAAGGACGGUCGAAGCUGCCGGACGAUGAUGAGCGAGACGAUUGUAUUUUCUUCGAAGACGACACAGAUAGUAUCCGAGGGUAAACUCUUACAUAGAGAGGUCUGGAAAUUAAAACUCGGUGAAGAAUAUAGAUGCGUGGAUUGCGAGUACAACAAGAUUUUGCUGCUAAUAAUACUCUACCACGCUCCCAUCUCCACUCCGCGAGUCAGAUCCAAUCUUACUCGGCCACCUUCUGCUGAAGCUACUAGGCAGAUUCCGGCAGAAGCUACUAAUCCUAGAGGAGGUGAGUUCCUGGACAGAAAAGGCAGGUCAUAUCCAGCCUUCAAUCCUAUUCUUUCUAACAACGACCUAGGACGCUUGACCAACCAGCGGACAGAAAACGGGAAUAAGUCCUUUUUAACGACGGUAGACAUACCAAUCACAGACGUCGAAUCGAGUCGUCGUAUUAUCGCCCACUCACUACCUGAAUGGCCCCUAAGAGAAGUGCGGGACGCGGCGGAGGACUGGGUGGACAUAGCGGGCCAGGACCGAGCUCGGGCAGCUACAAGGCAGAUCGAGGCUAUAAAUGUGAGUCCCCCAGAAGGCAUAAUUUUGAGCUUGGACAAUCUCAAUGGUGAUGGAUUCCGCGAUUUUAUCAUAGGUAAUGACACAGAUGAUUCUCGAGUCGAUGCGGCAGACCGUAAUAUUGAAGAAAAUUUGUACAAACUUUAA